GUUUUAUUUGUAAAGGUUCAAUGUAUCUAUGCCUGCCUACUUCAAUCUGCAAAAGGGAGUGUCAGAAAGGCCCCGCAUUCGCCGAGCCGUGAGUUAUUGCUAACUUUUCAGAUGUGUUAAUGAAUGUGGAACAAAAGCAGUUGUGUUUAAAAGGAAAAAGGAUCAUCAAAAUUAUCUUUAUUACAGUAGCAGGCGUGGACACUAAAUGAAUUAUUCCAAAUUGUGGUGUCAAAAAUAACCUACUUAAACUAGAGACUAGCCUCUAGAAAACCUAUUGUUGAACUUCUCUGAAGCUAUCAUUUUAGCUAUAAAUUACUGUUCUUAAAAAUAUAUAUUCCUUGGAAUCAGAAUGUUUUUUAAGUCUUUUUAACCACAUUAAAACAAUUUGAACAAAAUCUUACCCCACCUAAAAAUGACAGUAUUUAGUUGACUUUGAGUUAGCUCUUCAAAAUAAGACCAUGUAAAAGGGGUAAAGUUUUAAUCUUUUUAUAUUCACAUGUGAAAGACAGAAAUUAAUUCAAAUAAUUGAAUCACUUCCUAGGUGAAAGUUUUUAGAGUGCUCCAGGCAUCAUGUGAAGUACAGCAGUAUUUACAACCUAUUUUAGCAGCAACAGUUCUCGCUUCAGUAAUUCACCAGUAGGUUUUCAUUCAUCAAUGAUAUCAAUUUAAGGCUAAAGUAAAACACUACAUUUUUUAGGGCUAUCACUCUUCAUAAAGGAAUCGUCAUUAAGAGUUUUUCUUUUUUUUUCCCUAAAGAGAUUCUAAGCAAAAAAUAAUGUUAACUGCCAUCUAUAUUUUGUUAUUAGAGUUGGUUACCUCUUUUUUCUCUCUCUUAGAGUCUAUAAAAUUUUUAGUGGAUAGGCAUCAUUAGCAGGUUGAAUGCUUCUAUUGCUUAGGAAGUGUGUUGUGUUAUAUGAAGACAGAAUGAAUUUAAGUGUACCCAGUUAGGCCAUAUAUAGCACAGGCUACAUAAAACUUGGAGAUGUGGGACCUUUGGAGGCAUUACAGUUAACUUUUCAUUUAGGCAAUGUGCCUUUGUUUGACUGGUGUGUAAGUCCUUCUUCCAGGUUUGUACGCUCUUAAACACGUUAUUCUACCCUCUCUAACUCCUCCCAGCAGCAAAAGGGAGACACUUCAGCUGGAACAAAAUAGUGGAAGAAAUGGCGUCUGGGGUUCAGUGGGGAUUCGCAGUGUGAGAUACUACUCGUCAACGAAUCAAAUUCAGUGACGACAGAGUAUGCAAGAGUCACCUUCUCAACUGUUGCCCUCAUGAUGUCCUCUCUGGGACUGCCUGGUCUAAAAUCAGUUACUUGGGUGCAUACAAACCUGAACUUUAAAACUGCUGAAGUCUCUUUGAUAGUACAUAUGUAAAAGAGCCAUGAAAGUAUGGAGAAGCAGAAUAAGUGAUAAGAAGUAAACCUGCACAAAAUUUUCUCAACCAGCCACUAGAAUAGAAUGGAUCUUGGAGAAUGUCUGAAAGUCCAUGACCUGGCUUUAAGAGCGGAUUAUGAAAUUGCAUCCAAAGAACAAGAUUUUUUCUUUGAACUUGAUGCUAUGGAUCAUUUGCAGUCAUUCAUUGCAGACUGUGAUCGAAGAACAGAAGUAGCUAAGAAAAGAUUAGCAGAAACUCAAGAAGAGAUUAGUGCUGAAGUGGCAGCAAAGGCAGAACGUGUUCAUGAGUUAAAUGAAGAAAUUGGUAAAUUGUUGGCUAAGGUGGAACAACUAGGAGCUGAAGGUAAUGUGGAAGAAUCGCAGAAAGUAAUGGAUGAAGUAGAGAAAGCACGGGCAAAGAAAAGAGAAGCAGAGGAAGUUUAUCGGAAUUCUAUGCCAGCUUCCAGUUUCCAGCAGCAGAAACUUCGAGUCUGUGAAGUCUGCUCUGCCUAUUUAGGUCUUCAUGAUAAUGACAGACGACUGGCUGAUCAUUUUGGGGGUAAACUGCACCUGGGAUUUAUUGAAAUAAGAGAGAAGCUUGAAGAAUUAAAGAGAGUUGUAGCUGAGAAGCAAGAGAAAAGAAACCAGGAACGCCUGAAGCGAAGAGAAGAAAGGGAGAGAGAAGAAAGGGAAAAGUUGAGGAGGUCUCGAUCACAUAGCAAGAAUCCUAAAAGAUCCAGGUCCAGAGAGCAUCGCCGACAUCGAUCUCGCUCCAUGUCACGGGAACGGAAGAGGAGAACUCGAUCCAAAUCCCGGGAGAAACGCCAUCGCCACAGAUCUCGCUCUAGCAGCCGAAGCCGCAGCCGCAGCCACCAGAGAAGUGGGCACAGUUCUAGAGACAGGAGCAGAGAGCGAUCCAGGAGGAGAUCCUCAAAAGAAAGAUUCAGAGACCAAGACUUAGCAUCACGUGACAGAGACAGGAAUUCAAGAGACAGAUCACCUCGUGACAGAGAUCGAAAAGAUAAGAAGCGGUCCUAUGAGAGCGCUAAUGGCAGAUCAGAAGACAGGAGGAGCUCUGAAGAGCGCGAAGCAGGGGAGAUAUAAUUUAGCUGUGUACAUAUCCUCAAUCCUUAAGCUUCCUAUGGAGUUACAUACUAUUGUUUAGUUUACAGCUGUUCGGGGUGACGCAGGGAGCAGUUCCAGGCACCGAUCCAGCUAGGCUAGAUCUAACUGCAGUAUCUAACUGAUCUGAACUGAACUUGUGUUCCUUGAUGAAGCCUAAACUACAUCCAUAGUUUCUGGUGAACCUGUAAUACAAUUCUGAAAGUACAGUUUUCUAUAAGACAUGAACAUCUUUAUUCUUUCUAGUAGGUGUGACAGUGAACGAAUUGUGUAACUUGCCUUGGAAUUUUUUGAACAUUUGUAAAAAUGCUGUCUUCCUUUCUAGUCCAAACAGCGCAGCUUUGGGAAUUUUCCUUUUUAAUUCUUCUUCCUCUGACUGUAUCCCCUAAUACAUCCCACCCUCAUUAUAAGAGAAAGAGGGGUAGGGAAGCAAUAUAACUUCUGUUCUAAGGUUCUGUUCUAAGUUUCUGUUCCCGUUACUUACUAGCUGAUUACAGUUCAGAGCAUUUAUACUGGAAUGUGUGCUGGAGAAAUUUAAAUACUGGGAGGUUUUGGGGUUUUUUUAGAGUUGAAAGUUGAACAGCUGUUGCAUUACAUACUUUGCUUUUUUAUUGACAAUUUGAAAUCAAACAAGUCUUGAUUUUUCUGUUGUAUUGACUUGCUUCGUUCGGGUGUUUUGAAAAGGGGGUGGGGGCAGGGACUUUUUCAUAAGCACUUCUUGUUUUAUUUUGUGUGUGUGGAAUAUAAAGGCUACAUCCUUAUUGUAAAAAAUAAUAAUAAAAUGAAAGAAACAAUCGCCACCACCAUCAUUAAACUGUAACUUGUCUAGUAAAUUGUCACUAGAACUAUUUGCUGUGGGCAUUUCUUCUAUUCUGUAUGUCAUUUAUAGUGCCUUACUGUGCAAGGCACCAAAGGAAAUCAACAUAUACUUGCGAAGAUUCAAGAUGAACUGUUCCACCUGGGUCUUUGCCAACUGUAUUCUAGCUGCUUCGGGGCUGUGUGUAACAACUGCUAUGAGACGGACUGGACCUGCAGAAGAAAUUGGGGUUUUCAUUUGUUUCUGUUUUGUAUUUCUCCUCAUUCAGCAAACUGAAAUAAAAACAUGGUAUAACCAA